AUGCAUUUCCUCCUCCUUGGUGCCAGUGGACGGACCGGCCAGCACGUCGUAUCUGAAUUGCUCUCUCAGGGCCACACAGCGGUGGCCCUUGUGCGUACCUGCAGCAGCCUCGCCGCUCGCCCCGGCCUUACUAUCGUCACUGGCUCGGUACUCUCGAAAUCAGACAUACACAACGCUCUUUACGCGGUGCCUUCUCUAUUACCUUCUGCGGCGAUCAUCACCUUGAACACAGUUCGCAAGUCUGACAGCCCUUUCGCAGCUCAGGUCUCACCUCCUCGCUUUCUAGCCGACUCAUGCGCCAAUGUCUGCGAGGUUCUGGAGCAGGCCGGCAUUCGUCGCGUGGUGGUUAUGUCGACAGCAGGGGCAGGAGAUUCAUGGGCUAGACUACCGUUGUUGAGUAAGGCAUUCAUGUCAUGGACCAAUGUCAAGUACGCACUCGAGGAUCACGGCCUCGUAGACAAGGAGAUUCGGGAAACGAAGAUGGAUUGGACUCUUGUGAGACCUGUGAGGCUGGAAUUCGACGAUCAGAAGCCAACUAAGACGAAAAGAGACGUGAGGACGCUGGGCAGCAAGGGCGAUGGAAUGAGCUUGACCGACAGCGUAGGUGUAGCUAGUGUAGCAAAGUUCAUGAUCAAGGUUGCGGUCAAAGGGCUUUUCAUUCAAAGCGCAGUGGUCGUGGCCGAUUAA